AUGUCGAAACCAACGUUGAAAUUAGAACUACCCUGGGUUGAAAAAUACCGUCCUCAUUUAUUAAAGGACAUUGUAGGUAAUGAAGAGACAGUAGAGAGGUUAAAACAAAUUGCCCUGGAUGGUAAUAUGCCAAAUAUGAUUAUAUCUGGUAUGCCAGGUAUUGGUAAGACAACUUCAGUUUUAUGUCUUGCACAUGAAUUAUUAGGUGAAUCUUAUUCUGAAGCUGUCCUGGAAUUGAAUGCAAGUGAUGAUAGAGGUAUUGAUGUUGUUAGAAACCAAAUUAAACAUUUUGCUCAAAAAAAAUGUAGUCUCCCACAGGGGAAACAUAAGAUUGUAAUUUUAGAUGAAGCAGAUUCAAUGACAGCAGGUGCACAACAAGCUUUAAGAAGAACAAUGGAAUUAUAUUCUAACUCGACGCGUUUUGCAUUUGCUUGUAAUCAAUCUAAUAAGAUUAUUGAACCACUACAAAGUAGAUGUGCAAUUUUACGUUAUUCAAAACUAUCUGAUGAACAAGUGUUGAAAAGAUUACUAGAGAUUAUAAAAGCAGAAGAUGUCAAAUAUACAAAUGAUGGUUUAGAGGCAAUUAUAUUCACCGCUGAAGGUGAUAUGAGACAAGCACUUAACAAUUUACAAAGUUGUGUUGCUGGUCAUGGUUUGGUAAAUGGUACAAAUGUUUUCAAGAUCGUUGAUUCGCCUCAUCCUUUAGUAGUUAAGAAGAUGUUGAUGGCUCCAACUCUUGAUCAAUCUAUCACACAUUUAAGAGACGACCUAUGGGGGAAAGGUUACUCUGCUGUUGAUAUUGUAACAACAUCCUUCAGAGUAACAAAAACGUUAUAUGAAUUGAAAGAACCAAAAAGACUGGAGACGAUAAAAGAAAUUGGUAUAACGCAUAUGAGAAUUUUGGAAGGUGUCGGUACAUACUUACAAUUAGCAAGUAUGUUGGCCAAGAUUCAUAAACUUAACGCAUAA